ACGUAUCGUAGACUGUGAAGUGCAACAGAGUGGAACGGGAAAAAGAAGAGGAGGAGAGUGAAGAAAAAAGAAAAAGAAAUUUCGUUCAUUCGACUUCAAUUCGUACUUGUUGAAACCAAAGUCGUAACGCCAAUUUUGAUUUUGGGCAGUAAUUUCUCACUACCGACUUUGGGAUUCUCUCAUUUUUCUCUUACAACCCUUCAAUAGGCUGGAGACAGAAGAGAAAGAGAUAAUACAUGGAGGACGUCACAGGAAAAAGUUUGGUGGAAUGCCAGAAGGUUAUGGAUGGGAAGGUGACUAAUGGGAAUGGUAAAGAGGUCAUUCCUUCUUGUUGCUUGAAGGCUAAGACUUCAGACCCUAAGCUUGAGGCUCAAUGCCAUUCAACUGUUGUUUCUGGCUGGUUUUCAGAAUUUCAGUCUGGCUCUGAUAAAGCAUGCAAGAAACUUUAUUUCAACAACCCAAUGUGGCCAGGAGAAGCACAUGCUCUGGAAGUAGAGAAUAUACUAUUUAAAGGAAAGUCGGAGUACCAGGAAGUUAUGGUUUUUGAGUCUGCAUCAUACGGGAAAGUCCUUGUACUUGAUGGCAUUGUUCAACUGACAGAGAAAGAUGAAUGUGCGUACCAAGAAAUGAUAGCGCAUCUUCCUCUUUGUUCAAUCCCAUCUCCAAAAUCCGUUUUGGUUGUUGGCGGAGGUGAUGGGGGAGUUCUCAGGGAAAUUUCCCGCCAUGACUCAGUGGAGCAUAUUGACAUUUGUGAGAUAGAUCAGAUGGUCAUUGAUGUAUCAAAAAAGUUUUUUCCCCAACUGGCUGUUGGAUUUGAGGACCCCCGUGUCCACCUUCAUGUUGGCGAUGCUGUUGAGUUCCUUCGGAAUGCAAAGCAAGGGAAGUAUGAUGCCAUCAUUGUUGAUUCAUCUGAUCCUGUUGGUCCUGCACAAGAGCUGGUGGAGAUGCCAUUUUUUCGAAUGACAGCCCAAGCAUUACGACCCGGUGGCGUUCUCUGUAACAUGGCAGAAAGCAUGUGGCUGCAUACACAUCUUAUUCAGGAUAUGAUAUCGAUUUGUUGCCAAACAUUCAAGGAUGUCCACUAUGCAUGGACCAGCGUUCCAACAUAUCCAAGUGGUGUCAUUGGGUUUCUGCUCUGUUCAACUGAAGGGCCAAAAGUUGAUUUCCGGAAUCCUGUGAAUCCCAUUGAGAAGUUAGGACAUCUCAAGUCCAAAAGAGAACUCAAAUUCUACAAUUCUGAGAUGCACUCGGCUGCUUUUGCACUGCCAUCGUUUCUCAAAAGGGAGGUGAAGGCGCUUAGCGACGCUCCAGCUUCGGGUAAAAAUGGAUGCAUUUCAUCCUAAGAAGCCAUUGUUUGAAACGGUUAUUCCACAAGUUGGAGACGGACAAUUUUCAGUGUAUACAUAGAAGUAUUGGAGUGGUUGAGACGUCUCUAGUGUGUGUACCGAGGAGACGUUAAUGGCUACUAUUUAAUAAUUCAGGGUUAUUAGUUGGAAAAUGGUUGGGCCUUUUUGUUGCUUUUUUUCAUGGGUGAUUGUUAAGCCAAUUUAUAAAUAAAGGAAGAUGUAUGAAAUCUGUUCCAAAUUAAUAAAAAAAAAUGGGAGAUUUAUAUAA